AUGGCCGACCGCGAGCUAAGCCAGCUCCUCGCCCGGCUCAAGGCCGCGCCGCCAUCGGCGCCGUACGCCGAGACCGCGGCGCUGCUCUCGCGGGCCAAGCUGCUGCUGCUGCAGCUGGGGGCGCUGACGCCGACGGCGACGGCGGCGACGUCCUCGCCCGCGCUGCUGGCCCUCGCCCGCGACACGUACGAGCAGGGCGCGCUCGCGUCCAUCCGCGCCAAGGACCCGGACGCCUUCACCCGCUACGUCGCCCAGCUGCGGCCCUUCUACGAACUCCUUCCGGUGGGUGGCGGUGGUGGUGAGGAGGGGGAGCGCAACAAGGUGACGGGUCUGUAUUUGUUGUUGCUGUUGACGCAGGGCUUGUAUGGGGAGUUUCAUAGUGAGUUGGAGGCGCUGUCGGCGGGUGGUGGUGGGGUGGAUGUGGAGGGGGAUCGCUACCUGGGGUAUCCGGUGCGGUUGGAGCGGUGGCUGAUGGAGGGGAGCUAUGACCGGGUGUGGAAGGCCAUGAAGAAGGGCGAGGUGCCGUGCGAGGAGUUCGGCGUGUUCUCCGAGCUGCAGAUCCUCACCUCCCAGAUCCGCUCCGAGAUCGCUUCGUCCAGCGAGCGCGCCUAUCCCUCGCUCCCUUUGUCCUCGACCAAAUCGCUUCUGUUCCUCCAGUCGGAGGGCGCCGUCGUCGAAAUGAGGCGUAGCCGUGGCUGGAUCGUCAAGGACGGCCAGAUUUUCUGUCCCCUCGGCCCAAGAGACGGGCGAGGAGGAGCAGGAGAAGGAGAUGAGCCAGAUGGUGAUCGAGAAUACCUUGGGCUAUGCCCGCCAGCUAGAGACGAUCGUCUAGUGGGUUCUAUUAUGUAUUGA